UCAUUUCCUUCUUCCCCUUCCUUCCUUCCCUCCCUCCCAUCAUCAUCAUCAUUCAUCUUCUACAAAGUUAGAAAUCCACCUUCUCUAAUUUGUACAUACAUUUCCCUCUCCUCAAUUCCCCCCCUUUACUUUUCUUUACUUUACUUUACCAUCGCUGGGGUCUCCUCCUCCUCCUCCUCUAAUCAUACCUUAACUCUUUCUUUAUAGUCGACGACGAAAAACCCACUUCACCAAUUUCUUCACUUUCCACACUACUGUCUUCUCUCUGGUGGGUAAAUUGAGAGAUCUCGGGAGUUUCCUUUUUGAAAGGACAAUUGAACGUGGAAAUUGCAAGUUCUUGUAAUUGCCCAGAUUCAAGGAAAUAUUACAGACAAUGGCUAGCUCUGCUAAAGCCUUAGAACCUGCAUUUCAAGGGGCGGGUCAGAAAGUAGGAACUGAGAUCUGGAGAAUUGAGAACUUUCUGCCAGUUUCUCUGCAAAAAUCUGAUUAUGGAAAAUUCUAUUCAGGCGAUUCAUAUGUUGUCUUGCAGACAACAACUGGUAAGGGAGGUGCUUAUUUGUAUGACAUACAUUUCUGGCUUGGCAAAGACACAAGUCAGGAUGAAGCUGGAACUGCAGCCAUCAAAACCAUUGAACUUGAUGCCAUUCUCGGUGGACGUGCAGUACAGCAUAGAGAACUUCAAGGUCAUGAGUCUGAAAAAUUCUUGUCUUACUUCAAGCCAUGCAUUAUGCCUCUAGAAGGUGGAAUUGCAUCUGGUUUUAAAAAGCCCGACGAGGAAGAGUUUGAAAUACGUUUAUAUGUCUGUAAAGGAAAACGCAAUGUCAGAUUGAAACAAGUCCCCUUUUCUCGUUCAUCGCUGAACCAUGACGACGUGUUCAUCUUGGACACCGAAAACAAGAUUUUUCAGUUCAAUGGUGCAAACUCCAAUAUCCAGGAACGGGCAAAGGCAUUAGAAGUGAUUCAAUUUUUGAAGGAAAAGUAUCAUGAGGGGAAGUGUGAUGUUGCAAUAGUAGAUGAUGGCAAGCUACAAACCGAGUCAGAUACUGGUGAAUUUUGGGUCACCUUUGGUGGAUUUGCUCCAAUUAGCAAGAAGGUUGCUAGUGAAGAUGAUGUUAUUCCUGAGAAGACUGCUGCAAAACUUUAUAGCAUCACUGAUGGUCAGGUUAGGCCAAUGGAUGUCGAACUUUCCAAAUCUGUAUUGGAGAAUGAUAAAUGCUAUCUGUUGGAUUGUGGCGCUGAUGUAUUUGUUUGGUUUGGUCGGAUAACACAAGUAGAGGAUAGAAAAACUGCCAGCCAGGCAGCUGAGGAAUUUAUUAGUAACCAAAAUAGGCCGAAAUCCACCAGGAUAACCCGCCUUAUCCAAGGGUAUGAGACACAUUCAUUCAAGUCAAACUUUGAUUCCUGGCCAUCUGGCUCUACACCUGCUGCUUCUGCUGAAGAGGGUAGAGGAAAAGUGGCAGCUUUGCUGAAACAACAAGGUGGUGGAGUCAAGGGAAUGUCAAAAGGUGGUGCCCCUGUAAAUGAAGAGGUCCCACCUUUGCUUCAACAUGAUGGGAAAAUUGAGGUGUGGCGAAUUGACGGAAAUGCCAAGAUUCGUGUGCCUAAGGAGGAUAUUGGUAAAUUUUACAGUGGAGAUUGCUACAUUGUUCUUUACUCCUACAACUCAGGUGACAAGAGGGAAGACUACUAUUUGUGCAAUUGGUUUGGAAAAGAGAGCAUUGAGGAGGAUCAAAAAACGGCUGUUCGUCUGGCUACCACUCUGUACAAUUCACUAAAAGGGCGACCUGUCCAGGGACGGGUAUUCCAAGGGAAAGAGCCACCACAAUUUGUUGCCAUCUUUCAGCCAAUGGUGAUUCUUAAGGGUGGGUUGAGCUCUGGGUAUAAAAACUACGUUGCUGACAAAGGUUUGAAUGAUGAAACUUACAAUGCAGAGUCUGUUGCACUUAUCAAGAUAUCAGGAACUUCAAUCCACAAGAGCAAAGUUGUUCAAGUUGACACGGUGGCAACAUCAUUGAACUCGUAUGAAUGUUUCCUUCUUCAAUCGGGUUCUUCAUUGUUCACUUGGCAUGGAAAUCAAAGCACAUUUGAACAGCAGCAACUUGCUGCAAAAAUUGCUGAAUUUUUAAAGCCAGGAGUAGCAACGAAACAUGCUAAAGAAGGAACUGAAAACUCUGCUUUUUGGUUUGCUCUUGGAGGGAAACAAAACUACACUAGUAAAAGUGUAGUCAAUGAGAUCGUCAGGGACCCACACUUGUUCACAUUCUCAUUCAAUAAAGCAGGGAAGUUUGAGAUUGAAGAGGUUUAUAACUUUUCUCAAGAUGAUCUGUUGACUGAGGAUAUUUUAAUACUCGAUACACAUGCUGAAGUUUUUAUUUGGGUCGGUCAAUCUGUUGGAUCCAAAGAGAAGCAAAAUGCAUUUGAAAUUGGUCAGACAUACAUAGAUUUAGCUGCAGCUCUGGACGGUUUAUCUCCUAUGGUGCCUCUAUUUAAAGUUACAGAAGGGAAUGAACCAUGCUUCUUCACCUCAUAUUUCUCAUGGGAUGCUGCUAAAGCUACCGCUGCUGGAAACUCAUUCCAAAAGAAGGCUAUGCUGCUAUUUGGAGCAGGCCAUCACCAUGUGGAGGAAAAAUCCAACGGUUCUAAUCAAGGUGGAGGUGGAGCGACUCAAAGAGCCUCGGCUUUAGCUGCCCUAUCUUCUGCAUUUAAUCCAUCUUCUGGCUCUCGAGCUCCUCCUCCUCCCCCUCCAAGGUCAUCUGGCACAAGUCGAGGGUCGCAAAGAGCAGCAGCAGUAGCUGCAUUAUCACAAGUCCUUACUGCAGAGAAAAAUCGAUCUCGAGAAUCUUCUCCUGCUAGGCCUACUCGCAAUCCACCUGCAGAGGCUAGUCCAAGUCCAAGUCCUAGUCCUAGUCCUAACCCUAGCCCUCCUGCUGCGACAAAGAGUGAAAACAAAAUUUUAGAAGCCGAGGAUGCUAAAGAAACUUCCGAAUCAACAGAAGAGGUGGGCGAGUCUAAUGGCAUUGAUUCAAAACCUUGUGUAGUUGAUCCAGAUGAGAAUAGUGAAACUACAUUUAGCUAUGAACGACUCAAGGCUCAUUCCGAUAACCCUGUUACUGGUAUUGAUUUCAAAAGGAGAGAGGCUUACCUUUUGGAUGAUGAGUUUCAAGCAGUGCUAGGCAUGACAAAGAAUGCCUUCUCUAAAUUACCCAAAUGGAAGCAAGACAUGUUAAAGAAGAAAGCCGAUCUCUUCUAAGUAAUGGUGGGUAACAAAAUGUCAGCUUUUCCGGUUGUGAUUUUAUUUGUCUUUCGUUUUCUGCUGGUCUGCCCAUAAGUUGCUGCUCGAUGCCCUUGUUUAUAGUUUUAGACAUUUAUAGGGGCUUUACAGCAGAGAGAGUCUUGGUUUUCAAAUUCUUUGAUUCCAUCAAGUUUGUUAUUGUAUUUGAUCUUGUCACAAGGGAGAAGAAGGGUGUAUAUUCAUCAAUGUGUUAUUAUUGAUUGUAUGUAUGUAUGUAUAUGUAUCUUCUAUCUAUUGGGUACUCUUUUGCCUAUUCUUCUAACA